AUGAACAUAAUCGAUCGAUGCUGGCGUCGUCAUCCAAACUGGUCCGCCAACAGGCAACGGCUUGCCAUGUGCUCGGUGGGGUUCGCCGGCAAGAUGCUGCAGAACAGGGGCCGCGAGGUGGUAUCCUACACCGUCACCGACCCUAGCGAUGACCCUGUGAACCCUCGUCCCGGCACAUUACGGUUUGGGACCACGAUACUCAAAGGUAAAGUAUGGAUCACCUUCCAAAAGGACAUGAACAUCAAGCUCCUACAGCCGCUCAUCGUGAAGAGCUUCACCACCAUCGAUGGUCGUGGCGUCGACGUCCAAAUAGCACACGGUGCUGGAUUCUUAAUCAACAAGGCAAGUAAUGUCAUCAUCCACGGGCUUCAAUUCCACCACAUACGUGCCCAGCCAGCUGGUUCAGUAAGGGAUCCGGAGGGUAACUUGGUGGACUUGGGAGGGGACGGGGAUGCAAUCCGACUGCUAGCAGCCCAGAAGGUGUGGAUGGAUCACAACUCACUCUACCGGUGCCAGGAUGGGCUCUUGGACGUGACGAGGGGCUCAACGGAGAUCACCAUCUCCAACAAUUGGUUCCGGGACCAUGACAAGGUGAUGCUUCUGGGCCACGACGACAGCUUCGCCGAGGACAAGAACAUGAAGGUGACAGUUGUGUACAAUCGGUUCGGUCCAAACUGCAACCAGCGCAUGCCAAGGGUAAGGCAUGGAUAUGCUCAUAUAGCAAACAAUGUGUACGAAGGAUGGCGAGAGUAUGCCAUUGGUGGAAGCAUGAAUCCUAGCGUCCUUAGUCAAGGGAAUCUCUUCAUAGCUUCAGGCAAGAGGAAGGCAACAAGGAGAAUUCCUGGCGAAGGGGUGAAUUCAUGGAACUGGAAGUCAGUGAACGAUGCCUUUCUCAAUGGAGCUUUCUUCAAGGCAGUCGGGGUUGUUAAUGGUUUGGCGCCGUACCAAAAGGUGCAGAGCUUUCCGGUUGCAAAUGUGAGGGAUGUGACGACGUUGACGAGGAAUGCAGGCGCCAUCCGUUGCUCCAUAAGAUCUAGGUGCUGA